AUGUGUUCAUCUCUUUAGUAUAUAAAUGCUUCUUGCAAUAACAAGGAUGAAAGCAGCUAUGGGAACCUUAAAGAUAUGUGCUCCAUACAUGGCCAUGGUAGUCACGCAGUUGGCUUAUGGUGGAUUCAACAUCCUCAUGAAGAUUUCCCUCAGUAGGGGACUCAGCCAACUUGUUUUUAUAGUGUACAGACACUUAAUUGGAAUGCUCUUGUUAGGCCCCUUGGCCUUCAUCCUUGAGAGGAAACAACGCCCUUCUCUUUCCCUUCGCAUGUUGAUCAAGAUUUUCAUCCUAUCAACACUUGGGACUACCAUUUAUCUCAACCUCUACUAUGCUGGUUUAAAUUACACUUCCCCAACUGUUGCGUGUGCCUUGGGUAAUGUCAUCCCUGGUUUCACAUUCGUCAUGGCACUUAUCCUCAGGAUGGAGAAAGUGAAGAUUGAGACUGCUAAGGGGAGAGCUAAGAUCUUGGGAACAUUGAUUUGUAUUGGCGGAGCCAUGAUUUUUAUAUUCUGGAAAGGAGGGUACCAAUUCAAAAGAUUGACUAGAAGCCCAUUGAUUGACCUUUAUAACACCAGAGGUUCUGGGCAUGGGUCAAGGCACCACAAAGAGGACUGGAUCAAAGGCUCACUUCUUAUUCUAACAAGUUAUGUUUCCUGGAGUGCAUCGCUCAUACUACAAUCACUGCUCUCCAAAGUCUAUCCAGCGCCGUUAUCAUUGAACACUAUGAUUUGUUUCAUUGCUGCACUGCAAUCUUCUAUUGUUGCUCUCUUCCUCGAGAGGAAGCCAACAUUAUGGAGACUCCAGUGGGAUGUCCAGCUCUUGACUAUUAUUUACUCUGGACUUGUCAUCUCAGGCUUGGUGUACUACCUACAAACAUGGUGUAUCAAUGAGAAGGGACCAGUUUUUGCAGCUAUGUUUAGUCCAUUGGCCUUGGUGAUUGUAGGUAUAUUCUCAGCAAUUUUCUUCGCUGAGCAACUUCACUUGGGAAGCUUGAUCGGUGCAAUCAUUACUGUCGUGGGGCUUUAUAUAGUAUUAUGGGGCAAAAGCAGAGACAAUUGCAGUGAAGGGAAUAUUGGGAACGAGGAUGAAAGUUCUCUUAAUCAUCAGACACUGGAGAUCACCGCAGCUAAUCAAGCCUUGAGCAUGACCAUCCCAAGCACAAAUGGAAAAACCUGAGCAGUAUAUUAAAACCGGCUCAAAGAACAUCAUAUGUUAUGUAAACCUAAAUCUAGGCCUUAAUUAGGCAUCCCAGUUUAUAUCCGAUACAAUAAAACCGGGGCUUCUUCCCAAGAUGAGGUUGUCAUUGUCUUCGUUGCAUGCAUCAUCAAGAUGAGGUGUACAUAAAUUGUAAUCUUGCAUAUUUGAGAAGAUUUUGCUUCUCCUAGUGUUGAAUUAAUCA